AUGAACUACCGAGAGAGACUCGUUGCCUUCUACCAAAGGCACAACCCUGCGAAGUUGGGCGAGGUGGACGCGCUCCUGGAAACCUUUGCGGGAAGGGAGGAGUCGAUGUUUACCGCGUUGCAGGUGAAAUAUGAGGAGAUGGCUGCCAAAAACGGUGGUGGCGCGGUGUCUACCGUGCGGAGCGUGACCGCUGAACCGGACACUUCCGCAACGGAGACAAGCGCCGUGCACGCUGAGAUGCAGGAGCUGCUGCAGAACAUGGAGUCGGUUGACUUAACCCGACUGUUAAGUCAGUUGAAGGGGUGCGUUAACGUGGAGAGCGAUCUCCUGGCCCAUGUGAUUACCUUCAUGCAACACUUCACCAGCUGCGCACAUCGUUUUCAGGAGUUGAGUGGGACAAUGCUGCGGAUGCUGCGGGCGACAGCUGAAACGCCAGGGCAUGCAGUCCCCGUAGAGAGCAUUGCUGCACGGGAAGGUGUGGCAACUCAAACAGAAACCACCUCUCCUGAGAGGCGGGAGGCGGGGAGGAUGGCGACGGUGUCUGUUGAAACGCAAGCAGACACAGAUGGUAAAAAAAGCGGCGGUCUACCUUCCGAUGCAGUAAGCCCCACAAGCGCCUCGGAGCUAACACAGGUGCAAACGCCACCGAUAGACCACGUCAACUCCGGGAGUCUUCCUGCCGACACGCAGGCGGCGGUGGCGUCCGCAGCGUUGGACAUAGAUGAUAAACUGAACAGGCAUCGUGCAAUUGGCAAGGUGCAUAGGUUGAAGCCGGUGAAGCACAAGAAGAUAGCAGUUAUUGGGGCACUCCUGGCAGCCGCGGGGCUGGCCGACACCGACUCCAUCACCUUGGAACCAGGCGUGUACCAUGAGAAUAUGUGCUUUGUGAACAGUGGCGCGGUGGAGGUGGUUGCCGUGUUUCCUGGUACGCCGGUAAUCAUUAAACCACUGAGUAGUCUUGAGCCUAUCAUCCGGGCGGAGGGCGGCAAGACGCGGCUUCGGAUGAGUGGCGUGGUGUUGAUGGAGCACGACCCCGCAGGAGGAGGAGUACCCGCCGAUUCGCCUGCGCCAUCCAAUCCGCUGGUUGCCGUCGCAGAUGGCGCGCAUGUGGACUUGCAUGGCUGCCACCUCUACCAGGGAAGCUGCGCCGUGGAGGCAACAGGGCCGUGGACCGAAGUCCGUCUGCAUCUUUCGCUAAUUGCCUCCUGCACGUUUGCCGGUGUUUUCCUGCGUCAUGGCGCAAAAGCGGUUAUGACGCAGUGCAAAGUUAAACUUUGCGAGGCCGGGGUCCGGGUAGCGAGUAAUUCCUCCAUUCAUGCAAGUGAGACGGUGAUGGAGGGGAACACCACAGAUGGCGUUGUUGCGUACGAAUGUGCAGAAGGGACGUUGGAGCGCUCUAGUGUGCUGCGCAACGGUGGAAACGGGUUAUUUCUUUCCUCCGGCGCCACUUUCAUGGUGGCUGAAUCGACUGUCGAGUUGAACGGUCUCUACGGCAUUCAGCGCCUACAAGGAUCUCGGCUGCACCUGCGAGACAGUGUCGUGCGCGAUAAUGCACUGCUUCCCAUCAAUGAUACCGAUGAGACAGUGAACCCGUGA